AUGCUGUUGUGGGCAGUAGACAAUCCUGCCCCCGCUAACUACUUGCUCAUAUCCGGUCACAGAGACUUCUCCAAUGCGCUUCACCAACUCAACAUGCGAAGGUACAACAUUCUCCUCGUGCAUCCGCCGCAAGUUUCUCCCUCCCUCCUCGCCGCCGCCAAAGUCGUUUGGCUUUGGACAACCCUCUUUGCCGACGGUGACCCUCUUCACGUUACCGAUUCCGACUCCGACUCUGCCUCCGCCUCUUAUGUUAAUUCAGCAAUUUUGGCGCUCGAGCUUGAAAAUGGACAUGAUGGACGUGGACGAAACUUCUGCACCCAGAGAGGGGAAGCCCGUUUUGGUGAUAUUGGUGGGAGCACCGGGAAGCGGGAAAUCCACCUUCGGCGAAGAAGUAGUGCGUUCCUCUACUCGCCCUUGGGUUCGUGUUUGCCAGGUUUAGUUCACUCCCUUCAACCUGUUCAAUGGGUUUCACUUUCACCCCUCAACCAUCUUACUCCCAUAUGCAGAGAGAUUGUGGGGUUCUGGUGUUGCUUCGAUGUACAAAACCUUACUUUUGUGUGCACGAGGAUACUGUUACCACCACUAAAACUAAUGAUCAUGAAGGCUGAAGAUAGUAAAUGUACUGUUGUGCCAAGACUCAGCCUUUGCUUCAACCCCACUCUGAGAGAGAGAGAACAGGCUCGCCCAAUACUUUGGAUCUCAUCUAACGCCGGUUAUACUGUUUAUUCAUUUGCUUUAGGACACUAUUGGAAAUGGUAA